GGCGCGUCGCUCAAGGACGAACGGUUUAACGUCGUUCUGAGAGGUAAUCCGGGUACUGGCAAAACAACUGUCGCGCGACACUACGCGAAGUUCCUCGCCUCAGUCGGCGUCGUCCCCGGGGACUCAUUCAUCGAGAUGACCGGGUCUCGUCUGGCACAUGACGGCGUUCGCGACAUCAAAGAGCAGAUCGAAGAGAUGCGCGACGAGGGCGGCGGCGCGAUAUUCGUCGACGAAGCGUAUCAGCUCACCGAAGGGCACAACUUCGGCGGCAGACCGGUCCUCGACUUCCUCCUCGGCGAGAUGGAAAAGAGCGCUGGCGAGAUUGUCUUCAUCUUUGCGGGCUACAGCAAGCAGAUGGAGAAGUUCUUCGAGCACAACCCGGGUUUGUCCAGCCGUGUGCCGUACUCGCUGCAGUCCAAGGACUACACCGAUCUCGAGCUCCUGUAUAUGUUUGGGAAGCUGAUACUGAAGAAGUAUAAUGGGCAGAUGAAGGUCGAGGGCGGGAUGUUCGGGUUGUACAUGCGCAUCGCGAUCAGGCGCCUUGGCCGUGGACGAGGGAAGGAAGGCUUUGGCAAUGCUAGGGCGCUCCAGACCAUGCUCGCGAUUAUCUAUGAGCGGCAGGCAGUGCGUCUAACGGAAGAACGCAAGAAUUGGACAAUCGCGGACGAUUUCCUCCUGAAGAAGGAGGACAUCAUUGGUCCUGACCCUUCGAAGGCAGUCUUGGAGAGUGCCGCAUGGAAGAAGCUACACGAGCUGGUCGGUCUCGCUGAGGUCAAGCGGUCUAUCAAGACCCUCUUCGACCUCAUUGCAGAGAACUACAAGCGCGAGCUGGUGGAGAAGCAGCCGAUUCAGAUGUCGCUCAACCGCGUAUUCCUUGGCAACCCCGGGACGGGCAAGACGUUGGUUGCGAAGCUGUAUGGGCAGAUCUUAGCGGAUCUUGGACUGUUGAGUAACGGCGAAGUCGUGCUCAAGAACCCCGCCGACUUUGUUGGGAGUGCCGUUGGAGAGUCGGAACGAAAUACCAAGGCUAUUCUGGCAGCCACGGCUGGCAGGGUUCUGGUCAUCGACGAGGCAUAUUCGUUAUACGGAGGUGGGGGUGCUGGCAGCGAGAAGCAGAGCAAUUCGUACAAGACAGCCGUCAUUGACACUAUCGUCGCCGAAGUUCAGAGCAUCCCGGGCGAAGACCGAUGUGUUCUCAUGUGUGGCUAUGAACAGCGGAUGCGGGAGAUGUUUCAGAACGUCAACCCAGGUCUUUCGCGCCGAUUUGCUAUCGAGGACGCAUUUCGCUUCGAAGAUUUCACUGAUUCCGAACUUCUCGAGAUCCUAAACUUGAAGCUCAGGGAUCAAGAUCUCGGCGCGACGCCUGAAGCAAAGAAAGUGGCGAUCGAUAUGCUCAGCCGUGCCCGCGACCGGCCGCACUUCGGGAAUGGCGGAGAAGUUGAGAACAUGCUCGGCAAGGCGAAGAAUAACUACCAGUCGCGCCAGUCAAAGCUCCACACUUCUCAGCGGCCGCUCGAGGUUAUCUUCGAGCCUUUUGACUUUGAUCCUAACUUCAACCGGGCGGAAAGCUCGGAUACGAACCUGAGGAAGCUCUUCGAGGAUAUGGUCGGAUGCGAGAAGAUCGUAGAGAAGUUGCAGGAGUAUCAGAACAUCGCACGUGUUACAAAGCAGCGCGGACGGGAGGCACGGGAGGCGCGGCAUCUCAUUCCAACUAACUUCGUGUUCAAGGGACCACCUGGUACUGGCAAGACGACUACGGCGCGCAGGAUGGGCCAGGUGUAUUACGACAUGGGCUUCCUGUCAUCCACAGAGGUUGUGGAAUGCUCCGCCUCCGACCUAGUAGGACAAUACGUCGGACAGACAGCGCCAAAGACGAAGCAGGUCUUCGAGCGCGCUCUUGGCAAGGUCCUGUUCAUCGACGAGGCGUAUCGUCUAAGCGAGGGCGCGUAUGCGAAGGAGGCCGUGGAUGAACUCGUCGGUAUCCUCACCCAUGAGACCUUCGACGGAAAACUCAUCGUUAUCAUCACCGGAUAUGACAAAGAGAUGAACACGUUACUAGCUGUCAACCCCGGACUUGCGAGUCGAUUCCCCGAGGAGAUAUACUUCGAAAAUAUGUCGCCGGAGCACUGUCUCGAGAUAUUGAAGAAGGACCUCGCGAAGGACGAUAUCGAAUGCACAGCGCUUGGGGCGACAUCCUCGGCUGAACACAAGCAGAUGGUGUCACUAAUCGGGCAGCUUUCUUCGCUGGACUCAUGGGGCAAUGCGCGGGACAUCAAAACACUCGGAAAGCGGAUGACGCGCUUGGCCUUCAAGCGCAUCGCUAGCAUUGCCCACGGGUCCAAACUCCCAUUGUCCGGCUCUGAAGCUGCUCAUUGCAUGGCU